UUGCAAUUCGUUGUCGAUCAGUCCAAAACCGCUGGCAACCAGGCAUUCCGGGACAAGCGAUACCAGGAGGCUAUAAAACUGUACAGCCAAGCCAUCGCUGGAGCACCGAAAGACGCAUCGCUGUUUGCGAAUCGCUCAGCAGCCUAUUUGAUGUUGGCUGCGAAGCAAGAAGCCCGGAACGACGCUGUGAAGGCCACGAGCUUGAAGCCGGACUGGCCAAAGGGCUUCUUCAGGUUAGGCAUGACAUGCCUGGCUAUGUAUCAGUAUGGCCCAGCUGCCGCUGCUUUUGCCAGAGGGCUUUCCUUGGACCCCAGCAACAAGGAAUUGGCUGCCAGA